GCCCUCCUGGCCCAGCCCAGGGCCCCGGAGCUAUUUUGAAAGUGACCCUGGGCUGGGGCGCCGGGGUGAGCGCGCGGCGCGGAACCAUGACAGAAGAUGACCGAGGCGGCGCUGGUGGAGGGCCAGGUCAAGCUGCGGGACGGCAAGAAGUGGAAGAGUAGGUGGCUGGUGCUGCGCAAGCCGUCGCCCGUGGCAGACUGCCUGCUGAUGCUGGCCUACAAGGACAAGUCGGAGCGUGCCAAGGGCCUGCGGGAGCGAAGCAGCCUGACGCUGGAGGACAUCUGCGGGCUGGAGCCCGGCCUGCCCUACGAGGGCCUGGCCCACACGCUGGCCAUCGUCUGCCUGUCCCAGGCCGUCAUGCUGGGCUUCGACAGCCACGAGGCCAUGUGUGCGUGGGAUGCCCGGAUCCGCUAUGCUCUUGGUGAGGUGCACAGGUUCCAUGUGACGGUGGCUCCCGGCACCAAGCUGGAGAGCGGCCCAGCCACCCUGCACCUCUGCAAUGAUGUCCUCGUCUUGGCCAGGGACAUCCCGCCGGCUGUCACGGGGCAGUGGAAGCUGUCUGACCUCCGGCGCUACGGGGCCGUGCCAAAUGGAUUCAUCUUUGAAGGCGGGACCAGGUGUGGGUACUGGGCUGGCGUCUUCUUCCUGUCCUCGGCCGAGGGGGAGCAGAUCAGCUUCCUGUUCGACUGCAUCGUCCGAGGCAUCUCCCCUACCAAGGGCCCCUUCGGGCUGCGGCCGGUUCUCCCAGACCCAAGUCCCACGGGACCCUCAACCGUGGAGGAGCGUGUGGCCCAGGAAGCCCUGGAAGCCCUGCAGCUGGAGAAACGGCUGAGCCUCCUGUCCCCCAUGGGCCGGCCGGGCAGUGGAGGGGACCUAUCCAGCUCUUCCUCGGAGGCCAGUCACUCGGACGUCAGUGCCAGCAGCCGGCUCACCUCGUGGCCAGAGCAGUCCCUGUCAUCGGCCAGCACGUUGCAGGAGGGGCCUAGGCCAGCAGCUGCCCAGGGCCCCGGGGAAGCCAUGCUGGGUGCCUCCAGGCCGCCCCCUAAGCUGCUGCGGCCGCGGCAGCUGCAGGAGGUUGGCCGCCAGAGCUCCUCGGACAGCGGCAUCGCCACGGGCAGCCACUCCUCCUACUCCGGCAGCCUGUCCUCCUACGCGGGCAGCAGCCUGGACGUGUGGCGGGCUGCGGACGAACUGGGCUCGCUGCUCAGCCUGCCGGCAGCCGGGGCUCCUGAGCCCAGCCUGUGCACCUGCCCCCCCGGGGCCAUCGAGUACCAGGUGCCCACCUCGCUGCGGCCCCACUACGACACACCACGCAGCCUGCGCCUGGCUCCCAGGGACCACAGCCCCGCCUCGCAGGGCAGCCCCGGUGACGGUGCGGCCGGGGACUUGGGCGGCCAGACGUCCGCCGGGUGUCCUUCUGGCUGGCUGGGCACGAGACGGCGGGGCCUGGUGACAGAGGCCCCCCAGGGCAGCGAGGCCACACCGCCUGGUCCGGCCCCCAGCGAGCCCUGGGAAGCAGGCGGCCCCCACGCGGGGCCAGCCCCAGCUUUCUUUUCGGCAUGUCCAGUCUGUGGAGGACUCAAGGUAAACCCCCCUCCCUGAGAGCCGCAGAUCCGGUCCGCGGCUGCACAGGGGCUGAAUUUGCCCCCAGAAGGGAGAGGAGGUGGCGCUGGCCUCCUUGCCCAGGACAGGCACUCUACGUUCUGUGGGAGGGACGGGGUCUCCCGGAGAGGGGACUGCAGGGAGCACCCUGUGGCUGCCCGUGGAGGAAGGGGCUGACUUGGGGAGGUGAGUUCUGGAAGGCAGGGGCUCUGGGUCGGGCAGGUCGGGAUCGGCAGAGCCCUGAGGCCCAGCGUUUCCCUCCGUGUCUCCCAGUCCUGAGGACCAGGCUCUGGGGGCUCUAGCAGGUGCUGCAUCUCUGUGGCUUGUGCUCACACUGCGGUGCCAAGGGCUGGAGGCCCCGCUGCCGGCCUUGCCUUGUCCUCUCGGGCCUCACGCCCCCUUCAUGGGUGGCCGGUUCUCCUCCUCACCUCUCCCGUGCAGUCACACCACCUGCUAAGCACCAAGCCACCCACACCCAGGCUCUACCAGCCCAGUCCCUGCUCUGUGCGCCGGGCCUCAUCCCCGUCUAUGGGAGGAAACUGAAGCUCAGGAGGCUGCGUGACUCGUGAGGUUCUGGGGUCUGGGGCCCGUUGCUCCCUGAUGAAGCCCUUGCAGGAAGGCCCUGGGGGGCAGGCGGUGUCCUCAGAGCAGCCUCACCCGCUGACCCUGCGGGGAGGGGCCAUGUGCCCCAGGCCUCUGGUGGGAGCC